UAGUCGCUCGCUGUACUACCCGGACAUUGUUUUGUGAACACCUAUGUAUUUGUUCUAGAGCGGAAGUGGAGCCAGAUCUUUGAGACCACGGGGACAGCUGAACACAUUUUGGGAAUAUAUUGGAGUAGGGACGUGGAUUUCCAUCAGCCAAUAUGUCUCGGGGUUCAAUUGAAAUCCCCUUAAGGGACACCGACGAGGUUAUUGAGCUUGAUUUCGACCAGUUGCCAGAAGGAGAUGAGGUCAUCAGUAUCCUGAAACAGGAGCAUACACAGUUGCACAUAUGGAUUGCUCUUGCUCUGGAGUAUUACAAACAGACGAAGACAGAGGACUUUGUCAAGCUGCUGGAGGCGGCCCGUAUCGAUGGGAACCUGGACUACAGAGACCAUGAGAAGGACCAGAUGACCUGUCUGGACACCUUGGCAGCCUACUAUGUCCAGCAGGCACGUAAAGAGAAGAACAAAGAUGCCAAGAAGGAGCUCAUCACUCAGGCCACCCUGCUCUACACCAUGGCAGACAAGAUCAUUAUGUACGACCAGAACCACUUGUUGGGAAGAGCCUGUUUCUGUCUGCUGGAGGGGGACAAAAUGGACCAGGCUGACGCUCAGUUCCACUUUGUCUUGAAUCAGUCCACCAAUAACAUCCCUGCUCUACUUGGUAAAGCUUGCAUCUCCUUCAAUAAGAAGGAUUACAGGGGAGCACUGGCCUACUACAAGAAGGCUCUACGCACAAACCCUGGAUGUCCUGCCGAAGUGAGGCUGGGGAUGGGCCACUGCUUUGUCAAGCUCAGUAAGCUGGAGAAGGCCCGUCUGGCCUUUGGCCGGGCCCUGGAGCUCAACUCCAAGUGUGUGGGAGCCCUUGUGGGCUUGGCUGUGCUGGAGCUCAACAGCAAGGAGCCCGACUCCAUCAAGAAUGGAGUGCAGCUCUUAUCCAGAGCCUACACCAUCGACCCCAGCAACCCCAUGGUGCUCAACCACCUGGCUAACCACUUCUUCUUCAAAAAGGACUACAGUAAAGUGCAGCACCUGGCUCUCCAUGCCUUUCACAACACAGAGGUGGAAGCUAUGCAGGCUGAGAGCUGCUACCAGUUGGCCCGCUCCUUUCAUGUACAGGAGGACUAUGACCAGGCCUUCCAGUACUACUACCAGGCCACCCAGUUUGCCUCGUCUACCUUUGUGCUGCCUUUCUUUGGCCUGGGGCAGAUGUACGUGUACCGUAGAGACAAGGAGAAUGCAGCCCAGUGCUUUGAGAAGGUCCUAAAGGCCUACCCCAACAACUAUGAAACCAUGAAGAUCCUGGGCUCUCUUUAUGCUACUUCAGAUGAUCAGGAAAAGAGAGACAUUGCCAAAGGUCAUCUGAAGAAGGUGACCGAGCAGUACCCUGAUGACGUGGAGGCCUGGAUCGAGCUGGCCCAGAUCCUGGAGCAGACCGACAUCCAGGGCGCCCUCUCUGCCUACGGCACGGCCACCCGCAUUCUGCAGGAGAAGGUCCAGGCUGACGUCCCCCCUGAGAUCCUCAACAACCUGGGGGCUCUCCACUUCAGACUGGGGAACCUGGGAGAGGCCAAGAAAUACUUCCUGGCUUCUUUGGAGCGGGCCAAAGCUGAGGGAGAGCAUGACGAGCAUUACUACAACGCCAUCUCUGUCACCACCUCUUACAACCUAGCCAGGCUCUACGAGGCCAUGUGCGAAUUCCACGAGGCGGAGAAACUCUACAAGAACAUCCUGAGGGAACAUCCCAACUACGUUGACUGUUACCUGCGUCUUGGCGCAAUGGCUCGUGACAAAGGAAACUUCUAUGAAGCUUCCGACUGGUUCAAAGAGGCUCUGCAGAUUAAUCAGGAUCACCCAGACGCCUGGUCCCUGAUCGGGAAUCUCCACUUGGCCAAGCAGGAGUGGGGUCCAGGUCAGAAGAAGUUUGAGCGUAUCCUCAAGCAGCCGUCCACUCAGAACGACACCUACUCCAUGCUGGCCCUAGGCAACGUGUGGCUCCAGACCCUGCACCAGCCCACUAGGGACCGGGAGAAGGAAAAGAGACAUCAGGAUCGAGCCCUGGCCAUUUACAAACAGGUCCUACGAAACGACUCCAAGAACCUUUACGCUGCCAACGGCAUAGGUGCCGUCCUGGCCCAUAAGGGCUACUACCGAGAGGCCCGUGACGUGUUUGCCCAGGUGAGAGAAGCCACAGCUGAUAUCAGCGACGUCUGGCUCAACCUGGCCCACAUCUACGUGGAGCAGAAACAGUACAUCAGCGCUGUGCAGAUGUACGAGAACUGUCUGAAGAAAUUCUACAAGCAUCAGAACACUGAGGUGGUGCUGUACCUGGCUCGGGCACUCUUCAAAUGCGGGAAACUCCAGGAGUGCAAACAGACUCUGCUGAAGGCGCGUCACGUGGCCCCCAGUGACACGGUGCUGAUGUUCAACGUGGCCCUGGUGCUGCAGAGGCUGGCCACUCUGGUGCUGAAGGACGAGAAGAGUAAUCUAAAGGCUGUACUCAGUGCUGUCAAAGAGCUGGAGCUGGCCCACCGGUAUUUCAGCUACCUUGCCAAGGCUGGUGACAAGAUGAGGUUCGACCUAGUGCUUGCUUCCACUGAGGCCAGGCAAUGCUCUGACCUGCUGAGUCAGGCCCAGUACCACGUGGCUCGGGCCAGGAAGCAGGAUGAGGAGGAGAAGGAGAUCCGGGCCAAACAGGAUCAGGAGAGGGACUUCCUGCGCCAACAGAUGCAUAAAGAACAGGAGGAGAAGAGAACCAAGCAGGAAGAGGAUCAGAAGAAGCUGCUGGAGCAGAGAGCCAUGUAUGUGGAGAAGACCAAGGGUCUGCUCUCCUUCGCCGAUGGAAUGAAGGAGGAAAGGAAAGAGAAGAGGAAAGGUGGCGGCCGACGCAAGAAAGGGGGUGACUUUGAUGAGUUUGUCAACGAUGGCUCUGAUGAGGACUUGCCAGUGAGAAGGAGGAAGAAGAGGAAGGGUGGCAGCGGAAGUGAGGAGGAGGGCCGCAAGAAGAGGAGGAGACCCAACAAAGGGGGUGACGAUGGCAGCGAUGACGAGGAAGGAGGCUCACGGCCCAAAAAGCAACGCAAACCCAGAGCGGGCGGCAAGAAGUUCCAAAGGGCCGAGCCUGUGCCACCGUCUCUCAAAGGCAAGAUCAAGUCAAAGGCCAUCAUCUCAUCCUCUGACUCUUCAUCAGACGAGGAUGGACUGAAAAUUGCUGAAGACCGAAACCCCAGAGACAGUGGUUCAGGCUCUGAUAAUGAGGGCAGCCACAAGAAGUGCAUCGCCUCCGACAGUGAGUCCGACAGGGGCCGGAACCGCUCUGGCAGCGACGCUGGAAGCCCCCAACGCUCCGAAAACUCUGGUAGCGACUCAGGCAGCGAACGUCCAGUGAAGAGGAAGAGAGUGCAGCAGCAGUCUGACUCAGAGCAGUCUGAUAACGAGAGCAAGAGGAGCCGCUCUGGGUCGGAGAACGAGUCCCGGCCAGGCUCACCGGCCGCAGCCUCUGGCUCUGAAGCGGGCUCUCCGGCGGGCUCCCCGGCAGGCUCCCCACGCCGCUCCGACAAUGGAUCAGAACCAGGGGGCUCUGCCAACGAGGCCUCCAACCACGGCUCUGGCUCUGACAGCGACUGAGGCUUCAAACUCAGAACGGACUUUUUUCAACAACAAAAAAAGUUAUUUUGACAUUGAUUUUUGUAGAGGCUUUUUUGUUCCGUCUUGGUUUGUACCAUGAAAUUGAAAUGAGCACAUGCAGUGUAGCUUUGUGGCCCAUCAUGUGGGUUGUCUUUAAUCGUUUUUUGUCACCAGACUGUUAAGACUUUUGCAUUGAUGCUGUACCUCGUGUCCUUUUGUUUUGUUGAUGAUUGAUGGAAAAUGUGACUUGUAAGUAUUCUGACAGCUGUAACCCAUAUAUUUUAUAUCUUAAAAUGAUUGGAAGAGGUGAUGUCAUGGAAAAUUAGUAAAUUGGCCCAGAUUUGGAACAAAUUCUAUGUAGAUAAUAAACAAACACAAAAUAAAUAUUUAGGUUUUUUUUCUAUUUCUGAUGAUGAAGCUGCUUGUAUGACAUUGGAAAACAACUUGACACUUCUGAUUAUGGGGUAAUGUGUCGUAAUUGUUUUGGCUGCAUUGGCCUUGUUUGUGUAUCAACAUGCCCUCUGCCAUUCAGAAACAUUGUUAGUCGUGUCGAGGUGAAUAAAAUGCCAGAUUACAAGUUCAGAAUAUAUGUGCCAUUUAAAAAAAAUAAUAAUAAUAACGUCCUCUAUAUGGAGACAAGAAGUGCUUGUCUGGCAGUAAUCUGGCAGCAGUAAUCUGGCAGCAGACCUAGGUGAUGCAGUUGUAAAUGUAAUUCUAGAGUUGACACAUCGAGACUCUGAAUACAUGGCCCCAUUCCAGAGGUACCUCUGUGGGUCCUGUCUGGCUAGCCUCUGGAACUGACAACACCAGAUCAGGGUAUGUCUGACGGGGCUGAAUAACGUAUGUUGUAAAGCAUGUGUCAAACUCGUUCCACGGAGGGCAGAGUAUUUGCAGGUUUUCACUCCUCUCUUGUACUUGAUUAGUAAGGAACUCCCCUCACCUAGUUGUCUAGGUCUUAAUUGAAAGGAAAAAACAAACUAGGCCGUCCAUGGAAUGAGUUUGACACCUGUUUGUAGAAGUUUUCUCAGAGUUGUCACUGUUGGUAGCCUAAACAUGGUUCUAAAUAUGUGUACCAGUGUAGUUCUGUUCGAAGUGCAGAUGGGAUGCUUAAUCUAAGAAUAAAAGCUCAUAAGGAAAUGGGACUAUAGAAGUAAAGGGAACGAGGCCUUGGCAAUAGCCUAAAGUGCAUUGCAAAUGCUCAACACAAUUCUGGUGAAUACUCCCACCCCACUAAAUACACUGAUCCAUUGCCUUAUUUAGCUGUGGACAUGCUGUACAACUGCUACUAAUGGGCCUCAUCUUCCCCUUGCAACCACUUACUGACGUGCAAAAUUGCUACAGUACUAUAUUUAAGCAAUAAGGGCCGAGUGGGUGUGGUAUAUAGCCAAUAUACCACGGCUAAGCACUGAUGCAACGCGGAGUGCCUGGAUACAGCCCUUAGCUGUGGUAUAUUGACCAUAUACCAUAAACUGGUUACCAAUGUAAUUAGAGCAGUAAAAAUAAAUAUUUUGUCAUA